UAUCCAUUUAAUGACAUGUACACGAUAAUAUUAGAUAAUUACAGUUUAUUAACUGAUUAACAGUAACUUGGUUAUCUUAAUAGUAAGAAAUUUGCAUUAUUAAUAAAUAAUCAUCACAAGAGUGUCUUUAUAGGAAGUAGAUCUAUAUCUCACAUACUAAGGGUUAACUAAGAUGGAGAAGUACGAGGAAAAUGGACUGCUACAUGAAAUGUUUUUACGGCAAGCUCAAACUACGCCAGAAGCCGUAGCGGUUGUGGAUGCGGACGGAAAUCAGUUGACCUUUGCAGAACUUGAUAGAUUGUCAGAAAUAUUAGCACUAAAUCUACGUCACAAAGGUGUGGUACCAGACACAUGUGUGGCUAUUUAUAUGGACAAAUGUAUUGAAUAUGUGAUCUCGUAUAUUGCCAUUUUGCGCGCUGGUGGCGCGUACCUUCCGCUAGAUAUAUCAUACCCAGACUUACUGCUUCAAGAUAUUCUCAAAGAUGCUGAUCCAGUUUCAGUACUAACAGAUGAAAAGUUUUCAAA